GACGACGUGUCCACGCAUCUCGAAACGUCGAGCGAGGUGUACGAGACGAGUGUCCCUAUCCUUUGCCGCCUGUAAAUAUACUUGUUCGCGAUGAACGCGUGGACGCAAUACUUCAAAUCCAUCCCGACGCAUAUGGAUUACGAUGGCCAAGCUAGAGCGGAGAGAUUGUCGCGGCUCAUAAUAACGUUAUUCGGAUUUGUUGGCGUAGUCUGGGGAUUUGUCAUUCAACAAUUCUCGCAGACGAUCUACAUACUUGGCGCUGGAUUCGUCAUGGCAGCGUUAAUCACCGUACCCCCAUGGCCCAUGUACCGCCGCAAACCGUUGGACUGGCAAAAGCCACAGUCCGAAAUUGCCACGAAGCAAAAGAAAAAGAAAUAAUUUUGCCGGACAUAUUUAUUGCACCUCAAACGAAAUGUAGCACAAUGAAAUUUUGUUCAAUCUUCAAUGGCGCAAAUUCCGACGAUUGUACAAACCUAUGCAUUUGUUUCAUGCAAUUAUGAGAUACAAAUGUCCUUAAUGUACGAAUGCAAGAGUAUGUUGAUGAAUGCAAGAGUAUGUUGAUAUCCGUAAGUAUGUGUGUGAUUAAGUUUCUUUUUUGUAAGAUACAUAUACUUUAAUAUUUCCUUGGUUUCCAUAUGAAUGCAAAUCAUAAAUAAAAUAACAUUGUAUUUACAUUUAAAGAGAUUUAUGAACUUAGAAAAUGACCUCGCAAAUAGUGGUAAAAUGAGAUAAUUUGCAGAGCCAGCUGAGAUGAUAGUUUUAUGCCAGUUCAAUCAGUUUUUAGAAGAAUAAAAUAAACUGGAACUUUGUUAUUGAUAAAUUAUACGGUGAAAAUAAUCCUGUUUUAUUUUCAUUUUGUACAUUAUGUGUUGCUGUAUAUCUAAUUCUUUGUGUAUUAUAUAAUGAAGUUUCAGCAUUUAUUAACUAUUAUAAUUAAAAUUAAAUUAAAAUAUCAUUAAGACGAUUAAAGUAAUUUAACAAUUUAACAACCUGAACAAAAAUAUAAAAAAUGAGACUGAGAUACAUUUUUUAUUUUGUAAGUAGUUCACUGACCUGGAAAAACUGAUAAUUUUCUCGAGUAAUUCUUUUUGAACGACUGUUACCUUAUUGUUAUACAUAAAAUUUUGAAUCAGCUGGGAUAAGAUUUUUAUGCCAGCUCAAUCAGUUUUCAAAGAAAUAAAAUAAACUGCAAGUUUAUAUCACUGAUGAACAGUGUGAUUGUACGGUGAAGAUUAUACUGUUUUACUUAUUCCUUACAGUAUGCAAUGCUGUAUAUCUAACUUUUUAUACAUUAUAUAAUGAAAUUUCGUUAUUUAUAUUGUAAUUAAAACAGUAACGGUUAAAGUAAUUUGACAAUUCAAUAAAUCUGAUGAGCAAUACG